AGAUCUGUCUUGCCCAGUCCUUGACUUGUGUGGGGAAAGGGCCCGAACGCUCGGAACGCUAGAAUGCAGACAUAUAAGACGGCAUGCUCGGAACAGAUUCUUCGCUGUCCCCCUUUUGCAUACGACUCUCAUGGCCGAUAAAGAGUCUAACGCCUCCGCUGCCAAAGGUGCCGAUGCUACCUACGUGCUUGACGAGCGCCGUCGUGCUGCUCUCGCCGAGGUUGACAACGCCAAGUUCUCUUGGUUCCAUGUCAAAGUUUGCUUGGUUGCUGGUGUCGGCUUCUUCACGGAUGCCUAUGACAUUUUCUCUAUCAGUAUCGCGGCCACCAUGUUGGGUUACGUCUACGGAAAGAGUUCUGCAACCACCGCUGGCAGGCUCAACCCCUCACAAGACCUGGGUAUCAAGGUCGCUACUCCUGUUGGGACGCUUGUCGGUCAACUGUUGUUCGGAUGGUUGGCAGACGUCGUUGGCAGAAAGCGGAUGUAUGGUGUCGAGCUCAUGAUCAUCAUCGUUGCAACUUUCGCCCAAGCCCUCUCUGGAAACGGUGGCGCUGUUGGUAUCAUCGGGGUGCUUGUCGUAUGGCGCUUCAUUAUGGGUGUUGGCAUUGGGGGUGAUUACCCGCUCUCUGCUACCAUCUCCUCCGAGUUCUCGGCUACUCGGAUCCGUGGGCGCAUGAUGACAGCUGUGUUUGCCAACCAGGGUUGGGGUAACUUUGCCGCUGCUUUGGUCGCAUUCAUCGUCACUGCUGCCUACAAGGACAAGAUCCUGAAUGACCCAGCGAUCAACCACGUCCCCCAUGUCGACUAUAUGUGGCGUAUUCUGAUCGGUCUUGGCUGUGUGCCUGGUGUGAUUGCGCUCUACUUCCGACUCACCAUCCCCGAGACCCCUCGUUUCACAAUGGACAUCGAACGAAAUGUCAUGCAGGCGUCCGAUGACAUUGAAAACGUCCUCACCUCUGGCACGUUCAACCGGGACCCCGAUGCCAUUGUUCAGCGCGUUGAGAUGCCUCGUGCCUCGUGGGCCGACUUCCGUGCUUACUUUGGCAAGUGGGAGAACGGAAAGAUUCUUCUGGGCACUUCUUACUCCUGGUUUGCGCUUGACAUCGCGUUCUACGGAUUGGGUCUGAACACGUCUGUGAUUUUGACUGCUAUGGGCUUUGGGAGCGCUUCCAGCCACGGGACUCAGAAUGUGUACGACAAUCUGCGGAACGUCACCAUCGGCAAUCUUAUCUUCUCCGCGGCCGGCCUGAUUCCUGGAUACUGGGCCACUUUCUUCCUGAUCGACAGCUGGGGGCGCAAGCCCAUCCAGCUGAUGGGCUUCACCGUGCUCACGGUCCUGUUCGUCAUUAUGGGCUUUGGAUACGACAAGCUCACGUCCAGCACCUCCGCCAAAGCCGCCUUUGUGUUCCUGUACUGUUUGACCAACUUUUUCCAGAACUUUGGUCCGAAUACCACUACAUUCAUUAUCCCUGGUGAAAUCUUCCCCACCCGGUAUCGGUCUACUGCACACGGUAUCUCUGCUGCAAGUGGCAAACUGGGAGCCAUCGUUGCCCAGGUCGGAUUCUCCAAGUUGGUCAACAUUGGCGGCACCAACAAAUUCGUCAAGCACAUAUUGGAGAUUUUCGCCUUCUUCAUGCUGACAGGCAUCUUCUCGACGCUGUUGCUGCCGGAGACCAAGCAGCGAACUUUGGAGGAGCUGUCGUUUGAGAACCAGGAGGGUUUCCUCAAAGCACCCACAGCCAAGAUCGAGAUCCAGGACGGUGUGGUCGUUGGAAAACGAGUGUGAGCGCUUGUAGUUGAUUACGUUGUUGUGGUUGUACGGCGUGUAAAUUAUGAAUUCCACUGUUUUCUAAUGCU